AUGCACACCAGCGAAUACGACUUCCUGUUCAAGCUCCUGCUUAUUGGCGACUCGGGUGUUGGAAAGUCGUGUCUCCUUCUGCGGUUUGCCGACGACACAUAUACGGAGAGCUACAUCAGUACUAUUGGCGUGGACUUCAAGAUUAGGACUAUUGAACUUGAGGGCAAGACUGUGAAGCUUCAAAUCUGGGACACCGCUGGUCAGGAACGUUUCCGCACCAUCACCUCCUCUUACUACCGCGGUGCACAUGGCAUCAUUGUCGUUUACGAUGUCACUGACAACGACACCUUCACCAAUGUCAAGCAAUGGCUGCAAGAGAUUGACCGUUAUGCAUCAGAGGGUGUCAACAAGCUGCUCGUGGGUAACAAGUCCGACUUGACAGGGAAGAAGGUCGUCGAGUACUCAGUUGCAAAGGAAUUUGCAGACUCGCUCUCUAUUCCUUUCCUUGAGACUUCGGCCAAGAACGCCACCAAUGUCGAACAAGCAUUCUUGACCAUGGCGAAGCAAAUUAAGGAUCGAAUGGGUUCUACAUCCACACCUGCUGGUCCCGGAAAGUCAACCACCAUCAACCCCAAUGGCGGUCGUGACUUGAGUGCGCAACCAUCCUCUGGUUGUUGCUAA